AUGCAUAUGUCCGUGCAAAUGAAAAAGAUGGAGGGUAAACUACGUUCCGUUGACCUCAUUGUCGAGGUACAUGAUGCCCGUAUCCCGAUCAGUGGAAGAAACUCGACUUUUCUGAAACAGUUCUGCUCAAUCCGACCACACGUGUUGGUAAUGAAUAAAAUGGAUCUCAUCAAUUUGAAGAAGUAUAAACAGCCGAUUGAAGAUUACUACCGUUAUGAGCAUGGUAUUAAUCAAAUUAUCUGGACCGAUUGUAAGAGGCGACUAAGCCGUGCGUUAUCGGACGUUCAGAAGACCGUACUUAAUGCACUUUUUCGAGAGCCCCGUUUCAAUCGUGCGGUGAAAACCGAGUUUCAGAUUAUGGUAGUAGGAAUACCCAAUGUUGGAAAGUCAUCGUUGAUCAAUACAUGGCGUUCUCAUAAUAUGGGCACAAAGCAAAGCGCUGCGCCCCGUCCUGGUGUUACGGUACGCGUUCAAAAUCGAGUACGUGUCUUGGACAAGCCGCCUGUCUACGUGCUUGAUACUCCUGGUGUGAUGAAGUUAGCUCUAUGCGAUCUGAUCCUAGAGAGCGCUACGAAUCCUCGAUACGUGGCUGAUUAUCUUCUUUACUGGUUGAAUCGUACUGGUGAUUAUUCAUACAUCAGUCAUCUGGGAAUCAAGGGCGGGCCAACCGACAACCUUGAAAAACUUCUACUUCGAGUAUGCUCUGAGAAGGAUUUUCGAAAACGUUGCCUUAUUGGGCUCACGUACGAAGAUCGCUGGGAUUUCGAUCGUGCAAUAACGAUGUUCAUACAACUGUUUCGGAAAGGUGUUAUUCGGGACUGCUGUUUGGAUAAAGAAAUGCUACGGCCGUUCAUGUGA